CGUCUAGCUGUCCGGCAGGGCUGCGGGUGCCUCAGGCUAGGGAGAGCCACAGAUCCCCCGUCUCCAUCACAGAGGGACCCGGGGAGAUCUCCGUUCUCCUCCCUCUGUGCAAGACACCGACCUUCCACCCGCCCGCCGCGCAUGCGCGCGCUCGAGGGCGCCUUCCACAAGGCGCUGGUCGGGCGGACCCCGCGGCAGUGGUGGAAGGGCGUGGCUUACGACGCGACACGCCCGCCGACCUCGGGGCGCCCUCCGGCGCAGCCCGGCGCAUCUCCGGAAGCGCUGCCUUGUCCGUGACACGUGCGUCCCACGGCGCCCGCCUCGCUUCCCCACCCCGCCGGGUCGCCGGGUCGCCGGGUCCGGUUGCGGGGGUAGGUCCCGUCGUCCGAGAGCCAGCGAGCCUGGGGCGGGUCCGCCAGCGGCUCUCGGGUGCGGUUCACCUCCUACCGUCGCGCGGCCGCCAUCACGCCCUGCCGGCCGGCGCCACUACGCAGGCGCGCGGGGAGGGCGAUAAUCUCAGUGAUACCUUAAAGAAAUUGAAGAUAACAGCUGUUGACAGGACUGAGGGUAGUUUGGAAGGAUGCUUGGAUUGUCUGCUUCAAGCCUUGGCUCAAAAUAAUACAGAAACAAGUGAAAAAAUUCAAGCAAGUGGAAUACUUCAGCUGUUUGCAAGUCUUUUGUCUCCACAGUCUUCUUGCACAGCCAAAGUAGCUAACAUCAUAGCAGAAGUAGCCAAAAAUGAAUUUAUGCGAAUUCCAUGUGUGGAUGCUGGAUUGAUUUCACCACUGGUACAGCUGCUAAAUAGCAAAGACCAGGAAGUGCUGCUUCAAACAGGCAGGGCUCUGGGAAACAUAUGUUACGAUAGCCAUGAGGGCAGAAGUGCAGUUGACCAAGCAGGUGGUGCACAGAUUGUAAUUGACCGUUUAAGGUCACUGUGCAGUAGAACAGAUCCCGCCAAUGAGAAGCUCUUGACUGUCUUUUGUGGCAUGCUGAUGAACUAUAGCAAUGAGAAUGAUUCUCUUCAAUCUCAGCUUAUCAACAUGGGUGUCAUCCCUACCCUAGUGACAUUACUAGGCAUCCACUGCCACAAUGCAGCUCUCACAGAAAUGUGUCUGGUUGCAUUUGGUAAUUUAGCAGAACUUGAGUCAAGUAAAGAGCAGUUUGCCAGUACAAACAUUGCUGAAGAGCUGGUCAAACUCUUCAAGAAACAGAUAGAGCAUGACAAGAGAGAAAUGAUUUUUGAAGUUCUUGCUCCAUUGGCAGAAAAUGAUGCUAUUAAACUACAGCUGGUUGAAGCAGGCCUGGUAGAGUGUCUACUAGAGAUAGUUCAGCAGAAGGUAGAUAGUGACAAAGAGGAUGACAUUGCCGAACUCAAAACUGCUUCAGAUCUAAUGGUUUUAUUACUUCUUGGAGAUGAAUCCAUGCAGAAACUGUUUGAAGGCGGGAAAGGCAGUGUGUUCCAAAGAGUCCUUUCUUGGAUUCCAUCAAAUAACCACCAGUUACAGCUUGCUGGCGCGUUGGCAAUUGCAAAUUUUGCCAGAAACGAUGGAAAUUGCAUUCAUAUGGUAGACAGUGGAAUUGUAGAAAAACUCAUGGAUUUAUUGGACAGACAUGUGGAAGAUGGAAAUGUAACUGUACAGCAUGCAGCCCUGAGUGCCCUCAGAAAUCUAGCCAUUCCAGUUGUAAAUAAAGCAAAAAUGUUAUCAGCUGGGGUCACAGAGACGGUUUUGAAGUUUCUUAAAUCUGAAAUGCCUCCUGUGCAGUUCAAACUUCUGGGAACACUAAGAAUGUUAAUAGAUGCACAAGCAGAAGCUGCUGAACAACUGGGGAAGAAUGUUAAAUUAGUGGAACGGUUAGUGGAGUGGUGUGAAGCCAAAGACCAUGCCGGUGUGAUGGGGGAGUCAAACAGACUGCUGUCUGCCCUCAUCCGACAUAGUAAAUCAAAAGAUGUAAUUAAAGCCAUUGUACAGAGUGGUGGCAUCAAGCAUCUAGUCACCAUGGCAACUAGUGAACAUGUAAUAAUGCAGAACGAAGCCCUUGUUGCUUUGGCACUAAUAGCAGCUUUAGAAUUGGGCACAGCUGAGAAGGAUCUAGAAAGUGCUAAGCUUGUACAGAUUUUACACAGAUUACUAGCAGAUGAGAGAAGUGCUCCUGAAAUCAAGUACAAUUCCAUGGUCCUGACUUGUGCUCUAAUGGGAUCUGAGUCUCUACACAAAGAAGUGCAGGAUUUGGCCUUUCUAGAUGUUGUAUCCAAACUUCGCAGUCAUGAAAACAAAAGCGUUGCCCAACAGGCCUCUCUCACAGAGCAGAGACUGGCAGUGGAGAGCUGAGAACUGCCCUGCCCGGCACGCGGCGCUUCCCAGCUCUGCAUCUCCCUCUGUCUUCCAUCCGGCUGCCUCUCCACUCCAUCUCUACCAUAUCAGUUGUGCAUGCGUGUAACGCUCCAAUACCAAUUGAAGACUGCUGUAGGUACUUGCCUAGUAAGAUUUCUAAACUCAUAGUUAGUAUGAACAUGACUGUCCGACAGGUCUCUGCCCAUAACUGUUCUCUUGUAUUCCUGUUGCUUGAGCUACAUUAAGUAGAAUGUGCAUGUUGUAGUCCUAUGAUGAUGUAAACUUGAUACUACAUAAUGACUUGCUCUUCACACAUGGUAAACUACGUAAUAAUGUACUGGUAAAUUAGAAACAGGAUGUAGCAGGAUCUGUGUAGCUUACUUAAAGAUGAAGUUGAAUAAGAAAAUAGCUCCAUUUUUGGUGCUUGGGAAGCACAGUGACCAAAAUAACCAUGGCUUCUCAUACAUUAGUCUUGCCUACUAAUGUCCAGCCCAUGGUACCUAGCAUUAAAUGAAAUUGCACUCUUUACCCUGUGGUUCCUCCUUUUUCCUCAUAAUGUAAACUGUUGAAACUGCCACAAACUUAGCAAGACUUUAUGAGGUUUGAGUCCAUAUUUAAUUGAUAGCCCAAUAUUGAAAACACUUGUAGUUUUCAGUGAGAUUAGAGCUAAGGUGUUAAAGAAUCCCUUUAACAUUGUAUCAUUUGCCUAUAUUUUAGAUUAUAAUAUAUGUGUAACUUCACCUCAGAACUUCUUCCAUCUGUUGAUCAGCAUUGUCCAGCUCCUGUCUUUAAAAAGUCAUUUGGUGUUUGUUUUCAACUGAGUAUAUAGCCCAUUGGAAAUGAACGUUUUUGUUUUGGUCAUUCAUAUUGAAAGCAGGAAAUUUCAUCUUUCAUAGUCUUUUUAAAUACUACAUUAGUAGGACAUAGGAGGGAAGAGGAAGCUUGCCUAUACUAAAGAAAGGGAGGCAGGUUAUAAAGCCAUAGUAGCGAGUCCUGUGCAUUCUGCAGAUAGCCUCAUACCCAUCACUGUUGGAGCUUCUCACCUACACUUUCUCCCCGAGAAUGCGUGGAUCUUACAGGCUAGAAGAAAGCCAAGAUUUGGGGAGAGCCCCCUUGGCACAGUACUGCUCACUGCCACUGCCACCCCCAAAUGGGUUUUUAGAGCUCUGCUACACAGUCUUUGUCAAUUACUCAGAUAUCCCUAGGACCCCCUUGCGUUACCCAACACCCAGUUUGACCACUACUGGCCUCUCGGCGAGGGUGGGCCAUUUUCCUGCAGGACUGGAGAGGGCAGGAUGGGCUGCCAAGGAGGCAUGGAGCCCUUCCUCUCCAGCAUGAGCCCCCAUGUCACGAGACGAUCCAAGCUGGAGUUCUGACUCCGGAACUGCUAUCAUUGAAGACAGUGAAGGCUCAGUCUCAACUGUUUCCUUUGAUGUCCAAGUGAGGGACUGUCGUGGGUGCUCAUGGUACACUUACUGUGAGGGUGAUGUUGUUUGUUGUCUUUCUUCGGGGCUGAAUGGUAGAGUGUAUUUUGUCAGGUUUUGAAAGACAUCUGUAAUGUUGCAUAAUAGACUGUCCAUCUUAAUAACUUAAUAAAUACAUAGUAUAUCAAACUAUAA